CCCCUUUGCCCCCUCACCACCUUUGCUUGCUUUAUCCCACCUAUGGCACUCAGCACAUUUGCCACAAAACUCGAUCUUGACGAUAUUGUUGCGCGAGCUGUCUCGCUGGUGGAUGCCAUCGGCUACAAGCGUCUGGCUGGCACAGUCGUUUCGGCAUAUGCAUCCUGGAAGCUGCUGUAUGCGCUUUUUCUGUCGCCGCUCCGCAACAUCCCCGGCCCAUUUAUCGCUCGCCUGACAGGGCUGCGGGCCAUGAUCAGUCUCUUUGCCGGCAACUCAUGCACAGACGCCGACAGCGACUUCAAGAAAUAUGGCGAAAUCUACGUAUAUGGGCCCAACACAGUCAGCAUUUCGAAUCCUGCGGCUAGCCGCACCAUCCUUGGCUCACAUGCGGCAGCGACCUCUUUGGACGAGCAGACGACGUUCUCGAGUCGCAAUCCGCAUAUCAACCAGCUGCGUCGCCGCCAGAUGGGACCCAUGUUUACCUUUGGAUAUCUGCACCGCAUGGAGCCGACUAUCAUCAAAUACGGCGCUGCUGCGCUGAAAACCAAGUGGGAAAGGGCCGUUGAUGAGGCGGCGCAGAAGGGUGAGCAGGCGGUUGUCAAUGCCCACCGCGAUUUGGCCUACGCCACCUUUGACGUUACUGGCGCCCUGGCCUUUGGCCGCGACUUUAAUGCCCUCAGAAACAACGACCCGACAGUGGUGCGCUGGGUGAAUGACUCGUUUGGCUACUUUGGCAUUUGCAUGGCAGUGCCCCUGCUCAAAUACAGCCCCUUCCGCCUGCUUGUCUGGCCGCUGUGGAGCAGUCUCCAGGAGCUACUGACCUUCGCCCGUGAAUCUAUCGAGCACCGGCGGAAUGAGAUUCAGGAGGGGAAGCAGACGCCCAGCGACUUGCUCGCAGCGUUCCUUGACUCGGAAGAUCCAGAGUCAAAGAUCCGCAUGACCAGCAACCAGAUCCUCGCCGAAACGAUUGUGACACUCCUUGCUGGUAGUGAGACAUCCUCGAACACGCUGCUGUGGACAAUCCACCUGCUGCUGCUCAACCCAGUAUCGAUGAAGCGCGUUGUCGACGAGGUCCGGACCAAAUUUGCCAAGGACCACGUGGUCACAUAUAGUGAGGGCCGCACCAGCCUGCCGUACUUGGAGGCAUGCCUGUACGAGAGCAUGCGGCUCAGACCCGUAUCUGGCGGCCAGUGGCCCCGCCUUGUCCCCAAGGGUGGCAUAACCGUGUGUGGCCAUUUCCUGCCCGAGGGAACGGUGGUCAAUCUGAACUUCUCCGGCAUCCAUCACCAUGCCGACUGCUGGCACGAGCCCUAUAUGUUUACCCCUGAGCGCUUCUUGGACAACGACGAAGCCAAGCGCAAGCUGCUGACAUUUAGCACCGGCGUGCGCAUCUGUCCUGGAAGAAACCUGGCGUGGAUGGAGAUGGUGCCGAUCCUGGCGAAUCUCUUGAAGGACUUUGAUAUCAGUCUGCCUGAGGAUGUUCCGUUUGGCCCCGAAAUCCUCGACGAGAGCGGCUAUCCCAAGGUCAUGGACUCCAAGCACUACAUUGUUCCUUCGCCUACCAACUCUGAUCGAGACGGCCGGAUCGUCAUCUCCAGAGCGUAAACCCACCUCAUGGUUUUUACAAUAUAAAGCAUGGAAUUGCUUGGGUAUGCCCUGUAAUUAAAAAAAGGCUACCCCAUCAUAAACGGCCCUUACUUUCAUUCUACGCGGGAACCCCUGCAGCCGGAUAUAUUCUGGAGAGCCUAUGGCAUGAGCGAGUACGGGCCAGCCAGGGGCGAACAGCAGGGAUGUAACAGUGAGGGUGUGGAUAAGGGCGAGGAGGCUUGGGUUUACUGCUUAG